CGAACGAAAAUUCAAACGUCAAAAUACGCUUGCAAAGUGUUUUCUUGGUUGUUGUUUCUAUUUCAAAAAAAAAUAGUUUUUUUCGCCAUGGCGCGCAAUUGCAAUGAAAAUGACGAUGAAAAAAUCGAUCCUGCGUCUGUUACUUCCAACGUCAAGAGUACGAUCAAGCAGGACAUAAUAAAAGAUCUACUAAACGGGUCCUUCCAAGACAACAAAACUAAACUAGGCAAUGAUGCCUUAUCAUUGGUCGUUGAAGUGGCAAAGUGCCUGGUGACGGAGACUUGCCUCAGGGCAUCCAGUCAAGCCCUGCGAGAGAGCUGUGACCGAGUAGACCUUGAACACGUAGAGAAGUGCCUUCCACAACUUAUGCUAGAUUUCCCAUAAGCUUUACCGCCCAAAUGCCUUGUGGAA